AUGACCAACGCCUUAAAGCUUAAUGUACUGGCCUUUGUCCUGCUGUUCUAUACUUGGAAGCGUUGCGAUGGAUUGGUGAAGGUGAUACUCGAUUUUGAUCGCUGGGAAUUAACCAACGGGUCGAACAUAUUCAACAUGGAUUCGGUUCGUGUGCGAAAAUUUAACCGGACGUUAUCGGUACUGAACGGUACGGGAUCGUUACUGGUCGAUCUUGACGAUACGUACGAGUAUGGCUUUAAUUUUGCCCGUAGCGCACAAGGAAACAAUCAGUACAAUGCAUACCCGAUGAAAUUAGCUUCCAAGCCUAUGUGCGAGUUCCUCAAAGUGUACUACCGAGAGUACCAGGACCAGUUUCUCAAGUUCACCAAUUUACCGUACGUACCAAAGGAAGGAUUGUGUCCAUUUCCGAAGGGGAACUAUUGGGUGAAGAAUGCGUACAUUGAUUCGUCCGUCAUACCGCUCGUCGUACCGGAAGGAUUUUGGAGGGCCAGCCCCGAACUGCGCAAUGUCGAAACGGGAGAGGUGGUAUCUACUGGAUCGUUUUAUGUGAAAUUAACAAAAGAGUAUGCUUGA